AUGUUUGGUGGAGUUGGUGGUUGUGGUAGUGGUGGUGGUAGGGAUGGUGCUUGUGGAGGUGGUGGUAGUGAUAGCAUGGUGGUGGUGGUGGUGGUGGUGGUGUUAGUUGUGAAGGUUUUGGAAGAGGUGGUGGUUGUGGUGGUAGUGGGGGUGGAGGUGGAGGUGAAGGUGGAGUUGGUGGUGGUAGUAGUGGCGAUGGCAGUGAUUGUGGAGGUAGUGAAUGUGGUGGUGUAA